CAUGCGGGGCCAGCGGAGUCUGCUGUUGGGCCCUGCCCGCCUCUGCCUGCGCCUGCUCUUGCUCCUGGGUUACAGGCGCCGCUGCCCACCGCUCUUCCAGGGCCUGGUACAGCGCUGGCGCUACGGGAAGGUCUGUCUGCACUCCCUGCUCUACAACUCUUUUGGGGGCAGUGACACAGCGGUCGAUGCUGCCUUUGAGCCUGUCUACUGGCUGGUGGACAACGUGAUCCGCUGGUUCGGGGUGGUGUUCGUGGUGCUGGUGAUCGUGCUGACUGGGUCUGUCGUGGCCAUCGCCUACCUAUGUGUCCUGCCCCUCAUCCUCCAAACCUACUCAGUGCCACGACUCUGCUGGCAUUUCUUCUACAGUCACUGGAAUCUGACCCUCAUCGUCUUCCAUUACUACCAGGCCAUCACCACUCCACCUGGAUACCCACCCCAGGGCAGGAAUGACAUCGCCACGGUCUCCAUCUGUAAGAAGUGCAUUUACCCCAAGUCGGCCCGAACACACCACUGCAGCAUCUGCAAUAGGUGUGUGCUGAAGAUGGACCAUCACUGCCCCUGGCUAAACAACUGUGUGGGCCACUACAACCACCGGUACUUCUUCUCAUUCUGCUUUUUCAUGACUCUGGGCUGUGUCUACUGCAGCUAUGGAAGCUGGGACCUUUUCCGGGAGGCUUAUGCUGCCAUUGAGAAAAUGAAACAGCUCGACAAGAACAAACUACAGGCGGUUGCCAACCAGACUUAUCACCAGACCCCACCACCAACCUUCUCUUUUCGAGAAAGGAUAACUCACAAGAGUCUCGUCUACCUCUGGUUCCUGUGCAGCUCUGUGGCACUUGCCCUGGGUGCUCUAACUGUAUGGCAUGCUGUUCUCAUCAGUCGAGGUGAGACUAGCAUUGAACGGCACAUCAACAGGAAGGAAAGACGUCGGCUACAGGCCAAGGGCAGAGUAUUUAGGAAUCCUUAUAACUAUGGCUGUUUGGACAACUGGAAGGUAUUCCUGGGCGUGGACACGGGAAGGCAUUGGCUGACUCGGGUGCUAUUACCUUCCAGUCACCUGCCCCAUGGGAAUGGGAUGAGCUGGGAUCCCCCACCCUGGGUGGCUGCCCAGUCAGCCUCUGUAAUGGCAGUGUGAACUGGGACUCUGACACUCAUUCAGUUUCCUACGUUGUUGUAUGGACCUCUGAGGAAUUCUUGAGCAAAAAGAAGCUGUGGCCCUGCUUCAGGACCCCAUGCAGAGACAACUCAAGGACCAAGCUGCUGGCUACAACAGCAGCAAGGCAUGCUGUGGGGAGAUCCUGGGGUAGAUGCCCCUUUACUCAGGCCAACAGAAGUCCAGCCCCAGGUAGGGGCCAGGCAGCUAGCCAGCUUAUCCAGUGCUGACCACAACCUCCUCCAUGUGAUGACACUGGGGUUGGCCACCACCUCUUCCACUUGCUGCCUGAGAAAGUCCCUGAAGGGAACAGCUGAGAUCCUGGCUUCUCAACAAGGCAAAGGUUGUUGCUGAGGUCACUGCCACGUCUCACAAGCUGCUGAAGGGAGCAAAAAUAAAGGUAUUUGAUUUUUAAAG